AUGUGCUCCCUCCCCAUGGCAAGAUACUACAUAAUUAAGGAUGCAGAUCAGAAGGCUCUGUAUGUAAGAGACGACCAGCUCCUGGUGGGAGAUCCUGACGCGGACAACUGCUGUGCAGAGAAGAUCUGCGUACUUCCCAACAGAGGGCUGGACCGCACCAAAGUUCCCAUCUUCCUGGGGAUCCAGGGAGGCAGUCGCUGCCUGGCAUGUGUGGAGACAGCAGAGGGGCCUUCUUUGAAGCUGGAGGAUGUGAACAUCGAGGACCUGUACAAGGGCGGUGAACAGGCCACACGCUUCACGUUCUUCCAGAGAAGCUUGGGCUCUGCCUUCAGGCUCGAGGCUGCUGCCUGGCCUGGCUGGUUUCUCUGUGGCCCAGCAGAGCGCCAGCAGCCAGUACAACUCACCAAGGAGACCGAACCGUCCGCCUGCACUGAGUUCUACUUUGAACAAGGCCAGUAG